UUUUGACCUUGGUAGCCUGGUAUAUUUGGCGCGGCUACCUUGUAUACAAGAUGGCGGCCGACAUGAGCUUUCGAGUAGCGAAACAUUUUUCUACUUGCCUUGCUUAUCUAAGUAGAGGAGUGCGCCAACAAAGAAAUCUAGGAAAAGCUCUUAUUUCUACACAAGCAAGCUACAGCAGGAGAUUCAACGAGACAUACAGAUUAGGUGUCCUGCAUAAGAGGCUGUACUCUACAAAACCCAACCCCCAGAUCCAAGAGCUGCCUCAGCCAGCUAUAUACACCGCCAUAUGCGUAGAGAGACUACCGGUGGUAACUGCAGACAAGUCGGAACUGGAGAAGCGCUUUGAGAAACUCCAAGAUCAGUUGGAGAUAGAGCACAGUGUGUUAUGCGAUGAUGAGCUUACAGUCAAGAAAUUGAGAGACAGGAAAAAGAAACUAACAGAGCGCGAUGAAGACGAAGCUAUAGAGAUUGCACAGAUUGAAGCGAACAGAAAGGAAUUCCAAGAAGAAGAGGAGGAAGAGCUACUGCAGUUUCAGCCUGCCAGUCGCGAAACAGAUGACGAAGGGGAUGUACGAAGUAUGAACCGCAAGCUACAGCACAACCUUGUGCUUCUUCUCAAAAGAAAUGAUACAUCCUGGGAAAUGCCAAUAGGGCAAAUACAAGAUAAGGAGUCGCUGAGACAGGCCGCUGAGAGAAGCUUAAAAGAGAUGUGUGGUGAUGGAAUGGACACCAGAUUCUUGUCUAAUGCUCCAGCUGCUGUUCUCAAAAUGUCAAAGCUUCAGCCAAAAAACAAAAACAAGGUAUUUUUUUACAAAGUACACUUCCUUGGGGGAUCGCUAAAUCUAGGAGAGACCUACACGGACUUUGCAUGGCUAACAAGGGACGAAAUACAGGAGUACCUUGUCCCAGAAUACUACAGACUUGUCAGGAGAUUUCUCCAUUGAGUAUAGAGAUUUCUCCAUUGAGCAAAUAAGGGCUUGGAAUUUUAAGGACUGACAAGUUAAUGCUAAAAUCUGAAUUAGCUAUUAAAGUUUUAGCGGAAUUGUAUUCACAGACAGUUGCAUGUAUGCCAAUAGCCAAUCUUUUAUUUUAAAGAAAGUGCUUGCAUUAGAAAGAAGCAACACUUUUGAGUGUGGUAUAAAAAUAAAUCAUGGGGAAAUAACUUUAUUUUAGGUUUUCCAAGACGAUUACAUUACAUAUAUAAAUUCUAUACAGUAGAAAACUAAUUCAUUAUCUCUUAUAGUAAUAAUAAGCCACACAUGCUUUUUUUCAUUUUUACUGCCAUUCCCAAUCUCCAAUACUGUUUGACAUCAUUUUUUUUUGCUAAACCCAAUGCAGGCUUACAUGAACAAUAGUGUGCCACAGUUUAUAAAACUAUAUCACAAAUAUAAUUGAAAACGAAAUGGAAAUAACACGAUAAUGUAUUAUAUAUAUUUUUUAUCAUAUAUACAAUGUAAUACUAGGCUUAAAAUAGGGAAACUUUAUCCCUAUUUUUUUCUAUAAUGAUGAACUGCUCUGACUUGAGUCUAUUUUUGCCUUUCUUUGGCAUUGUACACGAGGCUAGUUAUUUACAUUUUCAUCAGAUCUAGAAGAAGGAAAGCCUUGUAAGCUUUAUCCAGUCUUGGAUUCCUAGAGAUCAAGCCAUAGCCAGCACGGGAACAGUAAAAAGAAAAUAUCUGAGACUUGUUCCCCUGAAAAAAAGUUUCUAGCUCAACCUUGGAGAGGACACUAACAAAUAGGGUAAUCUUUAACUUUCCUAGUUGGUUCUCUAAAGUACCAUGAUGGAUAGGAAAACAUAUUUAACAUAUUUCUCAAAGGUGCUUUCCGGCAAGAGAUUGUACCCACUAUUUCAUCAGGCAGAAGGCCAACAUUGUUCAUGUCAUGAGGAUGUUUACUUGCCAUUUUACACCCCUUUUUUGUUUCCCAAGAAUCAGUGUACUCAUCUUUCCCCUCCCUUGGGCUUGUCUCUAAAAGCAGAGACCCAGGAUAAAGUUUAGAUUGUCCACGGGCUAUAGGAUAAUCUGACUACGAAAUAAUGUCUAAUGUCGUGUUAGUGUUGAAUAAAGCACAUAUUUCUACCUCAA